AUGGAGACCGGCCCGCCGACGCCAGACCCCGGGGUCCUGUGCAGGGACUUCUCUUCUCUGGCCCCGGAAUCGGGGCCGCCUUCCUUCGAAUGGCUGCUGGGGCGGCUGGGGGCAGGCGGGCGGCGCCAGCGCCUCCUUCUGGCCCUAAGCUGCCUGCCCUGCCUCCUCUUGGGCCUGGGGCUGGGGUCGGAGGCGUUGUUCACUUUGACGCCCCCCCUCUGCUGUCGAGAGCCCAACGGCACCCGGCUCCCCGUGAAUGACACCGACCCCUGCCAGGACCCGCGGUGCCAAGGCUGGGACUACGGGGGUCUCCCGGCCCUCACCAGCAACCCCGUGACCGAGUGGUCCCUGGUUUGUACCCGAGGCUGGGCCGUCCCUUUGGAACAACUGUGUUUUCUGCUGGGCUUUGCUGCGGGGGCCCUCGUUCUAGGCCACCUGGCCGACAGCGUGGGACGGCGUGGGACUCUUCUCCUGGCCCUGGCUCUGGGCUGCCCGGCAGGGAUCCUGGCUGCCUUUGCCGCCUCUCCCUCGGUCUUCAUGCUGGGCCGUUGCCUCUGGGGGGCAUUGCUGGGGGGCAUGCAGCUUUCCCUCUACCUUAUCCGUCUGGAACUCUGCUGCCCUCCACAGCGGUUGCCGGUAGCCAUGGCCGGGGACUUGCUCUUGGUCGGCGGCCACUUCUUACUCCUCGGGCUGGCUUUGGCUUGUGGGAGCUGGCGGAUCCUGCAAGGGGUGAUGUCGGCGGGACUGGGCCUCUGCCUGCUGUACGGCUGCCCUGGAGUGUAUCCCGAAUCACCCCGAUGGCUCUUGGCCACUCGCCGGACAGCUCAAGCCCGGGAGAUUUUGGUCACCUUGGCCCAGGACAGCGGCACCCAGGAAUCUGAGACCCAGGAGGCGCUGGAAGAACUCGACAAUGCCUGCCACCUCCCUGCGGUGGCUCAGAUCUCACUCCGUGCCCUGCUGGGCUGCAGAAACAUCUGGAAAAAUAUUCUCAUUCUUGGCUUCACCACGUUUAUAGCUCACGCCAUCCGCCACUGCUACCAAAUGGCCUGGGGCUCCUCGCAGGGCCCGCGCGCCGAGUUCUACCUCUCCUACCUGCUGUCAGCCGGCAGUGCGGGGCUGGCCUGCCUCUUCCUGUGCCUGAGCGUCGACCGGUACGGCCGCCGUGGGAUACUGCUGCUCACCACCACGCUGACGGGCAUCGCUUCCCUCAUCUUGCUGGGCCUGGAAGAGUAUCUCAACCACGCUGCAGUGGUCACGUUCUCCAUCCUUGGCCUCUUCUCCUCCCAUGCUGCUGGAUCCCUCAGCAUCUUCUUUGCCUCGGAAGUCAUCCCCACCAUUAUCCGAGGGAAGGGCCUCGGCGUCAUCCUCUCGUUGGCGUCCCUGGGCGGCCUGAGCGCCCCUUUGCUCUGGUUGCGAGAACAGCAUGGCUCCUUCCUUCAGCACAUCAUAUUGGCAUCCUUCAACAUCUUAGCCCUCCUUUGCUUAAUGCUGCUACCCGAGAGCAAGCGCAAGGCCUUGCCCGAGAGCUUACGGGACGGAGAACUUUACCGGAGACCCUCGCUGCUCCGCCGGGCCGGGGGAGCAGAAAGCCGGGCGGCUGAGGAGGCGACUCGCCGCGACGACGUGCCGCUCCUCUCCACGCCAAACCCUGCUAGUUGA